CAUCUUUUAUUAAAUAUUUACUGAAACCAAACAUUGUGUAGUUUACGACAGACUAACCUCAAAUACACACUACACUCUACAAAAUUAUUUCAGUUAGCAAUUUUUUUUAGUUCACAUCAAUAGUGCGUAUUGGAAUCUAUCAUUACUUGUGUUAUUGGUACCUUCAAAUUGAACCAUCUGUUACACAAUAUUUUUCCUUUUACAUAUUUCGUCUAGUUAUCUUGGAAAAGGGCGGAUGCCAAGUGACAGCCAACAAACAGUAGAGAUACAUCAAAUAGCUGAACAUCUUCCAUCAGAACCUAAUUCAGAAGAAAGAGAAGACUGGCUACUAGUCGACAAGAAUCAACACCAGAACAAAUCUGCACGUGACGACAAAACUACUACUACAGGAAAGUCUGAAAAACUAAACUCUCGGGAGAGAAAGACUUCGGCAUCCAGAACCACUUUGGACCCCAGUUUGGUGUUUGAGAUAAAAAGUGAAACACAAUUUGAGGCAUCCACGUCCAGUGCCGAGAUGUCGACAAACGAAGAAAAAGAGGAGGCAGCCCUGCAGAGCACCUAUGACGCAAUUGAGGACAGUUUGUACAAAGAGAUAGACAGAGACACCUCCACAGGGUCGGGCAAGAGGGGCGUGCACUUGGGCAACUACCGCAUGAAGGAGAAGAGUGAAAAGGUCACUGUCAAGGACGCCAACGUUUCCAAGCCACAACACACCACACAGACAACAGGCACCACUACAUCAUCCUCAAAUUCAUAAAAAUCUUCAGCAUCAAAAGCGGUUCAACAACAGACAGAAAAGAAAGAUGAUAAACAACUAUCACGACAUGCAGUAUGCCAGAACAUAUGGGUCUUUGAACUGUGGAACUGUAUAGUAAAUUAGUCUGUAAUAAUAGAUAGUCAAAACUCAUGAAAAUAAGGUUUCAUAUUAUGAAAAUGCGGCAUUUUUUCAAAGAUUAUUAGCCGAAUAAGUAAAAACAUCGUUAUCGUUAAGUAUCCACA